AUGCAGACCCCCAGUCGCGAAUCGAGCCUCGAACUGGCUCCGCAAGCAUGCCAGUCCUGCCGGUCGCGCAAGAGAAGGUGCGACAAGGCACUUCCCAAGUGCUCCUCGUGCGCAAAACGUGGCCGGGUAUGUGAUUACUACUGGCGGUCGGAAGAAAAUAGCACGCCGCUGGCGGCCGCUCCGGCCCCGUCGACGGCCGAGCGGGGAUGGUACCCGUCCCCGGAAGAGGAUGACCAGCAGCAGCCCCAGCAGCCCCAGCAGCCCCAGCAGCCGGAGGGCCGGGCCGUCGACUUCCCGACCAUCCUCUUCCUCGACCCAAACCUGCUGCGGUACGGCCAGGUGGACACCGGGCCAAACCAGUACUACGGCGCCACGCCGGUCCCGCCCUCGGUCCUCCAUCUCCUCGGCGGCCUGGACGAGAUCCGGUCGACCGCCGACCGCUUCUUCCGCCACAUCCACCAGUGGAUGCCCUUCAUCUCCAAGAAGAGGUUCUACGACCUCCAUCUCCAGCCCGCCUCCCACGCUCGCCCGGACGUGGCCCUGCUGCUCUUGGCCCUCAAGCUCGUUACCAGCUUGCCCGCAGCAGCAGCGGCCGCCGGGUCCGCGUCGGGGUCGGGGUCGGGGUCGGGGUCCACUGACCCCCGCACCCCCUUGUACUAUGCCACCAAGCACUUCUACCAAGAGGUCGAGAGCUCCUUCUCCAUCCUCGUCCUGCAGGCCGGCGUCCUGAUCGCCCUAUACGAGCUCGGCCACGGCAUCUACCCGGCCGUCUACCUGUCCAUCGGGCUGUGUGCCCGGUACGCCCAUGCCCUGGGCAUCAACGUUAGUCGCACCGUGCCGAGCCGCAAGGUGCUGACCCUGGUCGAAGUGGAGGAGCGGCGGAGGGUCUGGUGGGCCAUUGUCAUUCUCGAUCGAUUUGUGAGCAUCGGCUGUCCUGGGCGGCCCUUUGCUACCUCCGAUCCCGGCUUGGACGACUUCUUGCCCGCAGAUGAUGCCGCAUGGGACCAGGGGACGGUCCGACCCGAGGACCUCUCGACCUUGUCCUCUCCCAUGACGGGUCACAUGAGCAAGUUCUCCCUGCUGUGCCAGGCCGGCCGACUGCUCGGACAGGUCCUGCAUUACCUCGCCAGCGACGUCGCCAUCCCCGACGACGUCUGGAUGCAGCUCGACCGUACCCUGCAGUCGAUGCUGGCUGCGGCCCUGAACAUUGACCGUCCGGACUUUGAUCAGAUCGCAUUUGUCACGCUCGUCGCCCUGUACACGCCGUGGCUCGCGGACCACCCGCCGUCCCCCGACGCGCCACCGCCUAGUGAGCGGUCCCGGCGGGCGCGGGUCGUGCUGGACCAGAUCACCGACCGCAUCAGCGCCAACCUGGUGGAGCGCCAGUGCCUCCUGGGCCGCGACCCGGAGGACAUACCGCCCUGGGGGUUGUAUUUCGCCUACCGCGUCUGCGGCGCCCUCAUCCGCGCGCCCCGCCAGACCCCGCAGGCUGCGGCCGUCAUCCGGACCCUGCGCGAGGGGUUUCGGACCAUCGAUGCAAGGUGGAACGUGGCGGGGUUGUAUCUGCAGCUGUUGGAGGCCCAGGAGGCCAUCCGUCUCGGGGCUUGA